CGGGGGUUGGGGGGAGGCGGGCUCUCUGCCCCCGAGCGGCGCCCGGUUGGGUUGCGCUCGUACGGGACGGGCAGCCGGUGUCCUGGGGAGGCCCGAGCCCUGUGCCCCCGGGCGGCACCGGGGCGCUCCGGUUGGUGACGGGUACCGGUGCUGCUUCUGCAACCCCGCUUAGAUAGGUCCAGCAGUUGGGCCAGGGCGUCUUGUUCUCCUGUGUGGUUAAACUGUUCAGGGGUGUUCUUUUCCUAAAGAAUAAAAAGACUCUGGAGUCUGGGCUUCGGGUUUGUGCUUCAGCUCUUGCCUACUGCCUCGCUAAAAGUUUCUGUGCUGAAGGAGCUCUUGAGACUUCCUUCCUCUGAGAUGUGAUGCAUGUGGGGAAGUCUUCUGUAAAGAUCACAUCCGCUAUGAUGAUCACAAGUGUAGCUCUGCCUACAAGAAGAAUGUGCAGGUUCCGGUGUGUCCGCUCUGUAACAUGCCUAUCCCGGUUCAGAGAGGGGAAAUACCAGAUAUUGUGGUUGGAGCCCACAUGGACAAGGACUGCAAAUACAAUCCAGCACAGCAAAAGCAGAGGAUAUUCACAAACAAGUGCUUAAAGCCAGGCUGCAAAAGGAAAGAGAUGAUGGAGGUACUUUGUGAACAGUGUGGUGGCAACUUCUGCAUAAAACAUCGGCAUCCUCUGGAUCAUGACUGUAAAGGGAGCAGCCAUCCCACCUCCAAGGCAGGAUACGCUGCUCUGAGAGCCUCUCAAACUGCCUUCAAGUCAACGGGAGCAAUUGGAGUGCCAUCUAAUGGGAGUCUUCAGCACAACAGUGUGUUCUUAUGUCUUUCAGAUGCAGAUAGUAGAGGCUCUUCAUCUGGAUCAAACCUCUGUCUAAUUUAAAGUUAAUCUUGUAUAUAGGUCUUUAAAAUUUUCUAUGCAUUAACUUAUUUUUGUAUCAUACAGUUUUAUGCAUUCAAUAAACUGUCACCCUUUUCAAGCCAA